UUCUUUGUUCUGCUUUCGUGGCUGAUAAAAAGGCGGUAUUCUGCUUGAUAAACAAACCGGCUUUUUCGUGGAAUACACCUUAUAAAUAACUAUAAAUUUUAUAAAUUGUGAUAGAUUUUAGUUCAAAACAGUUUUAUUUUAUAAAUAUUGUACACAGUCUUGAUCCAAUUUGUCCUUCUUAACUUUUAAUCUGUGAUAAAUAUGUGUUAACAAAAACACGAAGUAAUACAUAUGAGGCAUUUAGACAAAGUGAAUUUUAUUCUUUUGAAAAUAAGUCGGAAAAUAAUAAAUAGAAGAAAUUGUGAACAAGAAGUAACUUUUGGAGGAACGUGUAAAAAUUUUAUUGUGUUCCGAAAAACGUUUUAAUGAUAAUAAAGUUCAAAUGUGAAUGAGCAGCAGUGACUUGGCAUAACCAGUUAGUGUCUACGUCGUCAUUAGCAUAUUCAUAUCAGAUUUUUCCGACAUUAUAAAUUAUAAUGAAGGUCUCUUGCUUAAAUAGUAAAUGUUAUCAAAUUUUAAAGAAUAUAAGCAAUUAUAGACAACAAUUUCAAAGACUUAUCAGUCGAGAUAUCAAAAAUCAAAAUCAUUUUACUUAUGGAUCCCACGUGUUGGAAGCUAAAAACGAUGGAUUGCCAAUUGUUGCAUUGGAAUCAACGAUUAUUACUCAUGGAAUGCCUUAUCCUCAGAAUUUAGAAACUGCAUUGCAGGUUGAAGACGCAGUAAGAAAAAAUGGUGCAAUACCAGCAACAAUAGCAAUUUUAGAUGGUAAAGUGCACAUUGGCAUUAAUGAAAAAGAGAUAGAACAAUUAUCAAAUUUACCGCGUCAAAAAGUAAUAAAAUGUUCUCGACGAGAUUUAUCGUAUGUAAUUUCAAAAAAAUUGAAUGGCAGUACAACAGUAAGCAGUACAAUGUUAUUAGCAAAUUUGGCUGGAAUUGAAAUUAUGGCCACUGGAGGAAUAGGAGGUGUUCAUCGUGGCGCCGAAUUAAAUUUCGAUGUCAGUGCUGAUUUAACAGAACUUGGCCGUACUCCUGUCACCGUUGUAUGUGCAGGAGUUAAAGCUAUUCUUGAUAUACCGAAAACUUUAGAAUACUUGGAAACAAAAGGUGUGCCUGUAGUAACAAUUGGUGAAUCAUUAAAUUUUCCUGCAUUUUAUAGUCGUGAGACUUUUGAUAAAAUAAAAGCGCCAAUGAAAGUAUCAAAUGUAGAGGAAGCUGCAUCUUUAAUUAGAGCGCAAAGAGAAUUGAACAUUAAUUCAGGAUUAUUGUUCGCAGUUCCUAUUCCUGAAUCUCAUGCAAUAGAUCCUGAAGAAAUUGAAAUAAAUAUACAAAAAGCACUAUUAAAAGCAAAAGAAAAUCAUAUUACUGGAAAAGAAAUAACUCCAUUUCUUUUACAAGAACUUGCUGAACUUACAGUUGGACAAUCUGUGCAAUCUAAUAUCGCUUUAAUCACAAAUAAUGCGAAAGUAGCGGCAGAAAUAGCUCAAAAUCUCAACUGUAAAAAUAAUUCUCAAGUGAAUAAAUCUUCUAAUUUGAAAGGAAAGCCUGUGGUUAUUGGUGGAGCUGUUUUCGACACGAUUUUGCAGGUGAAGGAACAUCAGAUAACGUUUAAUGGAAGUACCCACAGAGGUAAAAGCCGAGAAGCUUGCGGUGGGGUUGGUCGAAAUGUGGCUUCAGCUUUGGUUCAUCUUGGUUUAUAUGAUACCAAAUUUAUAUCAGUCAUAGGAAAUGAUGAAGCUGGCAGGGCAAUUAUCAAAAGUUUCAGGGGAGCUGGCGAUGCUUUGCAAAUUUUGUCUAAUAAAUCAACUGCAAGGUACAACGGCAUUCUGGAUAAUAAAGGCGAGUGCUGUUUUGGAAUUGGAGAAAUGGAUGCUUUUUCAGAAAUUGAUGUUCCUUUGGUAAAAAAGCAUUAUUCUGUGCUCGAGAAAGCAGAUCUUAUCGUUCUUGACGGAAAUCCUCCUAUUGAAACUAUGAGAGCUAUUUUAGAUAUUGCCACAAGUCUCAGAAAACCAGUAUGGUAUGAACCAACAGAUUUUCAAAAAGCAACAAAAAUAUUCCAAACCGGAUAUAAAUGGGAAAAUGCAUUACAUUUUAUUUCACCAAAUAGAAAUGAACUUUUAGCUAUAGCAAAAUAUUUUGAAAUUCCCAUUCCAAACAAUGAAUUGAAAACGUAUGAGACAAUAAAACAAGUUGCAGAACUUUUAGCAGAACAAAUUCCAGUUGUAAUUACUACUUUAGGAUCACAUGGAGUUUUGGUUACUCGAAAAUCUUCAGAAAAUCGUGCAUUUUAUAAUGAAAAAUGUCAAUUAAUUGAAAAUGAGGAUAUUCAGUCUCAUUUAUAUAAACCACUUUCACAAAUGGAAAAAGAUCCAAUUCAUCAUAAUAGUGUUAGUGGUUGUGGUGAUUGUCUCGCUGCUGGAAUAAUUGUUGGAAUAUUAAAUAAAUUUACCGAAGCCGAAUGCAUUUUACUUGGUCUUAAGGCAGCAGCUAUUUCAUUUAAAUCUUUUGAAGCUGUACCUGAACAACUUUCAACGUUACAAUUCAGUGAAUAAUGUUUAUAUAUAAUUCAAAUAGGUUUAAUUUAGAAAAAUUAUUUUUAAAAAAUAAUUCUUCUAAUUUUUAACAUUCAUUUUAAUUCAUAUAAUGGGGAUAAUUUUUAUACGUCUUAUAGGAAGAAAAAAAUUUAUUUGAUUCAAAUAAUCGGUUACAUAUGACUAUUGUCAAAUAUUUAUUUGUAUUAAAUUAUUAUUUGAGAUUGUAUUUGUUUCAAAAACAGAAAUUACUGAUUUAAAUAUAGUUUAUUUAAUUCAAGUAAAUAUUUAUUUUAUAAUAGUCAAGUACACGGAAAGAAAAAGUUUUAUGAAUAUUUGAAUUCGGUGUGAAAAAAAUAUCAAUUUACUAAUUUUGAGUAUUUUUUAGUUUUUUUAAAAUCAAUUUUAAGAUUUUUGAAGACUUUUUCGAUAAGUGUAGUAAUUUAUUUUAUAUUUAUCGAAAAAGUCUUGAAAAAAAUUGAUAUUUUUUUCACACAGAAUUCAAAUAUUCUUAAAACUUUUCCUUUCCUAGUAACCGAUUAUUAUUUGAAUCAAAUAAAUUUUUUUUUCAGUGUAUUAGAAAAAUCUGUACUCAAUGUAGGGUCAAACUACUGAAAAUCAUCUAAAAGUCGUUGGCUGGCUUAUUUUUAAAAAAUCUAGUUUUAAUAUUUUGUGAAACUCUUUUUAAAUUAUUAUUAAUUCAAAGUUUUCAAUUUAUUAUACAUCAAAAAAUGAUGAAAUUAUUAUAUAAUUAUUUUAUUUUAAGAUAUUAAUUCAAAUUUGAAAAUUUAUUGAGUAAAAAAAUUUGGGGCUUCGCACAUAUUUUGAUAAUCGAUAUAAUUUGCCUGAUAUGAAAAUUUGGUGAGGAUAUUUUGCUCCGUUUCGGAAAUAAUAAAUUUGAAAAAUUUUUACUUUAAAAAGGUUAAUUCUAUGACUUGUAGUUGGCAAAAAAUAUUACAUUUCUCUCUUUUUUUAUGAGAAUAGAAAGAGAUGUUAAGUUUAAAUUCUUGUGAUAAAGUUUUAGAAUUUCUUUGCACUUUUCUUCUCUCUUGUUCUAAGUAUAACAAAUUUAGAAAAUAAAAUAGCCAACUUUGUUCAUUUUCACUAUUUUUGAAAUAACUUUCUUGGAGAAAAAUAAAAAAAUAUCCGGGGCUUCGAAAAUUAUUUAAAUAGACACUAAAUAUACAUACACUAAAAAUUUCGCGUUAGUCCCAAAGCUAUUUUCGAAGAUAAAGCGAAUUAAAAUUUUCUUAUUUUUGAACUUCAUAUUUGGUAUGUUUUUAUUUAAUUUAAAACCCUAUAUACUUUUAAUUCAUAUUUUAAAAUAAAUAAUUAAAUUUUUAAUAAAAUUAUUUUCAUUUCGUGAUCUCGAUAACUUCAAAAUCAUUCUUGCAAAGUAUUAUAAUUUUUAAAAAUUAGUCAACAACAACUUUAGUUGAAAUAUAAUGGAUUGACCGAUAAAUAUUUUUCUAACAGUUUUAUAUUUUUAUAACUAUUUAAAUUGAAGAUAUAAUCUAUUA